AUGAGAGGCUUAAGACUCGGGGUCUGCCUUAUCUCGGCCGCUGCCAUCUCAAGCUGUACAUCCAGCGCCAUCGAGCCCAAGGAAGGGCUUUGGGCCAACUUCUGGCGAAGUAUUGGCAGCAUUGUUACUGGCGAGUCCAAAUCGACAGAUUCGCGCCAUGGAACCAUUGAUCCUCGAGGACCCCUUGACGACGAUCCGCAACCCUAUGGAAACCUGCCUUCACCAGUUGCGACUGAGCCGUUGACAACAGCUAGCACUGAUAUCCUCGAGACUACUGCCACAUUCACUGUUAGCACCAGUAGUUCCGCCGAAGCUGUUUGGGAGGGAGUGCAGACUGUUACGGUCACGGUCACGGCCACCACCACGGUCUCACUAUCCGAUCCGCUCCAGGUCAGUCCAUUCUGGAGCGCUUCUCGGCCCGGACCAUCCGCAAACUCGGGCGCCGGCGGCCAAGGUACCGAGCGUCCCUCAUAUCCAAAUACAACAUGGCCGCACGCGUCUGUGACCGGAAACCUCCCAGGAUCCGGAACUCAAAACCCCAGUGGUGCCCCGUUUCCAUUCAUGAACGCUUCGAAUCUCGUACCACUAGGGCAGGUAGCAACCGGAACACUCGGACCCGGCUUCUGUACGUUUACUUACCCUUGUUCUUGGGCCGGCGUAUCUGCGAGUCCAGAGACGUCGAGUAGGGAUUCAACCACCUCGACCGCGCCGAGCAGUAGUAUCACCGAGUGGCUCGAGACAACCUCGACGACCACAAGCCGAGGUGUCUCUUGCACGCCAGGUAUCGAGGCUACCUCCCCGAUAUCAAGCCCAGGCGUCUCUUGUACACCGGGCAUUGAGGCAACGCAAGUCAGCCUCAGCUCGGCGUUCUACCCAUACCCAAACUCGACCUCGGCCGGGAUAUUAAGCGGCCAAUCGGGCACCUUGGGCUGGGGAGGCAGCGGAGUGGGUACCGGCACUGCGAUAAGCACGGCGCUGGGGUCGUCGGACACGGUGGUGAGCGUCUCCGGGUAUGGGGUGUCAGUGUCGGUGUCACAAUCGGUACUGGCGACGUCGGACCCAAUAACCUCCGAAGGACCGACGCCUCAACCAUCCGUUUCCGCCUGCCAAACCGUUUCGGACCCAACAAUCGCAAACGGCACUGCAACUGCAGCAGGGGUUUGCACAGGAGCGGUCGAUUCAACGGCAAGCACCGCAGCGGCGGUGCAACCCCAGACCACCACGCCGUGCCAUGACAAGAGCCAAACGGUCCAAACCGUCGGUGAUGCGACGACGUUUCGGACAUUGACCUCGUCCGCCUCUGAGGUGUCGAGUAGCAGUGCUGGUAAGGAAACUCCGGUUGUGACCGAGGUUUUGAUGGAGGCUUUUGGCUGA